AUUACAUCUGCACUCUAGCACUAAAAUAUUACUUAUUACUCCACAUGGAAAAUCUGACAUGGGUUCAUAAGUGCAAAACAAGUUAUCUCUGGUUGUUUGUUGACCGCUCAGUUAGGAGACAGGCCUUUCCGUAGGCCUACCUGAAGAAACAGAGAUAAAAUAAACAUGAUCCCCAUUGAGAAAUUGUGCGGAUUUGGCCAGUUAGUUAAACUAUUACAGUCAUAAAUCAAUGUUGAAUGUCUACUCUGCCCUUGGAAACCAGUGUAAAUACUAUAUUUAUAUCAAAGUGUUUCAAACUGGGAAUCAAGCUGCCUGGUUCGAAUAUCAAAUAUUUAAACACAAUUCCCAUGAAACUCCCUACACAGGGGAAUUAGUAUUAUAAGAUACACAGAGAUUGGUGCUUGUGGGUGUUUCAGUGUCUGUGUCUUAUUUUAUGGGUUCUGAGCAAGUUUUACAGCUCAUAUUCAAGAUAAAUAAUCCUCCAGGACUAUUUGGGACAUUUUCAUCUUGUAUCAGUGAGACAUCUUGCUUUGAAUUACAGCCCUUCUGAGCAUCUUUUCCGCAUAUAAAAUAAAUUAUUAAUUUGUUACAUAACCAAUAGAACAUGUUGUUCAUUUCAGCCGUUUCCAUUGCAGUAUAUAGCCUACUCAUAUGUAUGUCCCUGUUAUAGACUAGGAUGCAGGGAUGUAACAAAUGUCACUGUUGUCAUUUUAUUCCUCCAUCUCUCAGCCUCUUUUUAUUUUAUCACCAUCUUUUUCUCAUGGUUUUCCUCUCGGAGGGGAGGGGACAGAGAAAAGGCGAGGUUCUGUUUUCAAAUCUGUCAGUCUAGCCAGCCUGGCCCCUCCCACCUCAGUGGAGGCAUUACAUACUGCUGCUGCUUGCGCUCUUAGCAACGGUGCCUCAGCAACAGAGCCACGGCAACAGAGCUCCACGGCAACAGCGUGCCGUGUCUCCCCAAUGGAGCUGCCAUUGGGCGGACCAGCGCUCAGGCACUACACCCAGAGCAGACCAAGACCUCACCGACAAAAACUGAACUAUCGUCCCAGCAGACCACAGGAGACGAUAAUUGAGAGUGACAAUGAAGUCCUUGACUCAUGGGGAGAGUUGAUGAAGGAGUUGAAGAGUUCUUUACUAAGAGAGUACUUCCUACUGAUACACUGAAUAAGCAAGAUGAGGAAUCUAUCACAGUGCACGAAGUGGCUCCUGCCAGCUCUGUCCCUUGUCCACCACCCCCGACAAAAACACUCAGGAGGAAACUCGGAGAUUUCUUUACACUCAAAAAGAGAAGAGGUCUGAAAUCAGAAACAAGCCAGGAGGGGCGACCCAAAAAGGCCUCCAUCGCUGAUCUCAUUCGCCCGCUCAGGGAGGUUGCCAGAGCUGAGAAAGAAAAAGAUAAGGACAAAGUCAAGGAACACGACAAGGAAAAUGAAAAGGAGAAAAUGAAAGAACAUCCGAGUGCUGUUACUGGAGAGUCAGCUGUUCAGGAGACACCUGGUUCUCUGCUGAGAGGUGAAACUGUGCCUCCCCGUCGAGCUCUCAGAGAGGGGAAGUCCCAGUCUCUCAUUUUGCUGUCUGGAUCAGCCGCAGCAGGGACUACUAAUGCCAGAAACACUUCAAAGAAACAAUUUGAAGGCCAACAUAGUUUUGAACAGAAACUUCAUCUCAUGCUUCAACGUAUUGGAGUUUCCAAAGUCCAGCCAGGAGAGACACAGAAUCAGGAGGGAGAGAUGAAAAAAGCAGAAUCUGAAGGUACUAUCAUUGACAGUAAACCUGAGCCACCACCUACUUUCACAAAACCUCGAACAAUGUCUGCAUCAUCAGAUACAAGACAUCAAAUUCGCCCAAGCCUGUCAGCACACGAGUCAGCUGGGAAACCCGCUUUGCUUCCAAAGCCCCUUAUCAAGCCAGGUCCACCCCCCACAACAUCUGGCCGCAACACACCUGAGAACGAGCUAGCCCAAAUACAGGAAGGGGAGACAAACACGCCGACUAAACUGAGUCCAACUGCAGCUCCGUCGACUCCUGCUGCUCCUACACCCACUACUACCACUACUCCUACUGUACUGACAAUCUCAAACUCAGUCCCAGACUCAACCAAUUUUGCAAAUUCUGUACCUCCCUCUGACACAGAUAUAUGCACUGACUUUGUUAACCCCGCUGCAGCAGCUACAACACCCACAAAUGUUACAGAGACUGACAGAAAACCUUCAAUCCAUGAAGAUAAUGCUACUAUCACUGACUAUGACUCCACCUUUACGGCAACCCUUACAAGCACCACUACACCCACAGUUUUAGUUACUUCAACUUCCUUUGAGUCCAUGACUCCAAUCCUCUCUGUCACUUCCAACUCAACAACAAUAACUACGCCUUCCAUUACCACCUCAGAAACACUUUCUGCUCACAGCAAUGAAAGCUUGGUUUCCACAACAUCAACAAAUCUGUCAACUAAAUCAACUUUCCCAGAUCCAAAUUGUGUCCCCUCCAUCGACGCUACUCCUGCUGCUGGUGGUGAUGCAGCUAUUUCGUUCAUCACCACAGCUUCUUCACCCUCCACCAGCAUAUCAGAUGUGCCACCAGGCUUGUCUGCUCCUGCUAAUUCAGUUACUGAAGCUUGUUAUGAUACUACUUCAGUCACCUGUACUAGCUCUGUACCUUUAGCUUUAUCAGUCACAAAAACAACAUCUCCACCUCCUAACUUGAGUGAUAUCAUUUCAACUGCAGUUUCACCCAUCGCCUCAAUUACUUCUUCCUCCCCCCUGAUCUCUUUUGCCCUUCCUCCCACCAUCUCCACCUCUUCCACCACCACUACAAGCCCAACACCCACCGACUGCAUGAACUCUAUCUCUGCUUCCAUCAUUACUCACCCAGCCACCCCUGGCCCUGCUGAUACCUCUGUUCCCUCCACUUCUUCCAGUGAAACAGACACCACUUCCACCACCACCACCAGUUUAAACCGUGCAGAUAUCACUUCCACCACCAAUUCAGCUACCACAGCUGCAGUUUGCUCCCCACUCAUGACUGACUCAGACCCACCUUACACUGACAACAUCAGCACUACCCUCACACCAACUACUGAUAACUCAAGUGCUACUUCUCCUCAUUUGACCAGUCCAGCCCCCUCUAAUGGUCGUCCAGUCCAGGACAAUGACGAUCAGCCAUCUCCUGAAGAAAGAUCUAGUGUAGAGCAUGCAGAAAAGGGCACAGAUGAGGAGCUUGCAAUGGUUCGAAACAGCGAGCAAACUGAGAUGGAUGAAAGUAAGAAAGUCGGCAACAGUGGAGAGAAGAACGAGAAUGAAAACGAGAAACCAGCUCUCACUUCUGACAGCAAAGUCAUAAUAAAAGAAGUGCAGAAAGAAAGUGUUAAACCUGAAUUAGACACAAUGAAAGCCGAAGUGGGAAAGGCUGAACCUGCAUCAGGGAAAGAGGAUGAGCUGUGCAGCGACAAGGGGGAGAUGGAAGGUCAAAAGCAAGAAGAGGUUGAUAAGUAAAUCAAAAAUAAAGAAAUAGCUAAACACGGGACCAACUACUGUGACGGGGGCAGGAGAGGCCACAGUAAAGGGUAAAGGAAGAGGGGGGGGUGAUGAUCCAUGGCACUUCCUACAGGGACCACCACAUUACAGCAGCACACCACAAAGGGUGGGCCACUGGACCAAAGAACUGAGAUCCCCUUGUGUGUUGUAACCAACAAAUCCAGCAGUGUCUUUGUCCUUUUUUAACUUUUGUUUGAAUUUUUGCAUUGCACGUAUGAUUAUGUAUCAUAAGACAACUACUGUGGUAAAAUACACCAUGUUUACAAUAGAUGGAUAAGAGACAUAGUUAUGAAUAUUAAAUGGAAUAUUGAAUAAACUGAA